AAACAGUCUUGCUGUAAGCACACUUCCCACACUGUGGCACAUGGCCCGGGACAGACAGACAACAUGACCUCUAUCAAGUUUCUGGAGUUUCUGCUUCUCUUCGUCCUCCAGCAGGUCCAUUGUGAGGAGGCAGAGCACUUGUUCAGAGCAUUGGGCACCGAUGUCGAGAUGGGGUAUUGUUUCGGAGGGGAUUAUAUUGUUGUUUACAGAUGUGGUCCCGAGGGAGACCAGCUGCUUGGUAAUUCCUCAGGUGACAUCAAGCCCAUUACACCUCCUGCGGACCUGCAGGACCGCAUCCAAAUCAGCAAAAACGAGCAUCUGCUCGGGCUCCUGAUUAAGAACCUCACAAACAAGGACUCAGGGAUUUAUAGGAGGGAGUGUUGGCAAAACCACAUGCUGGUCAGCCAGCACACAGAGCAGCUCUUGGUUUGUGAUAAGGAGGUGGAAUCUGAAGAGAUCAUUGUGAAGGAAGAAGAUGAAAGGGCUGAGCUUCUGUGUAACAACACUUCCAUUGGUUUGGAGGGAACCUCUGUGCGCUGGUACCAUGAAAUGUUUCCAUUUUAUAAGCCCACACUCUUCCUGGACAGCAGCGUCUCGUUGGAGCUUCUGCGGGAGGAGCUCCAGGGUGCCGUGGAGGUCAGCCACAACGGGGCGUUGCUCUUGCUCGCCAACAGCCUGUUAAAGAAUAACCUGAACGUUUACUGUCUUGUGAGCAAAGGUAAGAAUUGUCUCAGUUUCCAAAACAAGUACCUACCAGAUAACAGUGAAAGCUGGGAAGUAUUUGCCUCCACAGGGGAGAGAGUGGUACUAAAAUGCCCCUCUGAGGGUAACAACCAGCAAUGGGACACACCACUGGGGGGAAUCACUAAUAGCAGCAUGGGGAUGUCCAUUUCAUUUGGUGACAAAUCAGAAGACUUCUCUUUAGUAAUUUCAGCCUUCUCGGUUGAACAUAUUGGUCACUAUUCAUGCAUCUCCUCUUCGCUGGAAGUGCAGUACUUGCUUUUUCUUUGCCCCAAAAAGGAAUCCCAUAAACAAAACGGUGUUAAAGGGGGGAGCGUCUUGCUAGAUUGUGAUGUUGGCAAAGAGGACUUCCAAAGGGUGCUGUGGCACCGGGGAGAUCCAGUAGGAGAACACAAACUUAUCCACGACUCACAAGACAAGACGCUUCCCAUCCCACUGAAUCUGAGGGGCAGGCUGACUCUGUCUGAACAUGGCUCCUCGCUGACCAUCUCCCACCUUGAGGAGCAUGACCAACAGUCGUACUGGUGUGUCGUUUUAGGAAGCCCUAAGUUCCUGGAGGAGGACGAUUACAAUGGGGAAGAUGAGGACACCGAUAGUGGGAAUGAGCCAUACUUGGAUGACAGGUGCAUCUUUAAACAGGAGACCAUUUUGAGCUUGAUCCAGGCUAAGACUAUCCCCACAGCUGAUCCGCCAGCAGCCUCUAAUGUUACCGUGUAUGCUGUGGGGGGUGGACUGGUGCUUUUGCUGUUGCUGUGUGUUGCAGUGGUUGUGGUAGUGAUUGUGAAGAAGAGGAAAGAAGCAGCCUCUCACUCUGGACGAAACGCGACCAAGGACAUAAAACUGGAUGUGGAUCUAGGUUGUAGUGAGAGGUUAACUAAUGUUGAAAAUGAUGCUUAACAACUUUUUUUUAAAGU